AUGCCGGACGUUUCGAAACAAAUAGAAGAUCACCAGCUCACUUACAAACGAUAUGAACAACUGCGACAAGAGUUAGACGGCCUCAACCACAAAAAGUCUGAUCUCGACGUUCAGUUGGCUCGUUUGGAACGGGAAAUAUACAACUUUGAGGGCGACUACCUCUCUGAUACCAUACAUCACGGCGGAAACCUUAUCCGUGGAUUCGAUAAUUAUCUAAAGCAUGCCAGUAUCUUGGACAAGAAAAGAAAGCUACCAAUACUUGCUAGCGAUCGGCUCUUUUCAAUGUCGAGUUCAACGUAUGAGAAAGCACUACAGUUAAGAGUAGAAUCUCCUGCGACCAACGGCUACAAAAUGCUCAAGAAUAAGAGCAGGCAAAAAAAGAGAAAGGCUGUUGACUGGCCCGCAGGUAUUACAAAGAGAACAAGAAAUAACAAAAGCGAAGAUGAGUUGGAUUCUUGA